AUGCAACUUGCCGUGAGCUUUUUCUCCCUUUACACUAAAAUAUAUUUGAAGCUGCGACGUGCCACCAACGGAAUGGCCUGGCGGCGGCCGGCGCGCGCAGCGAUCAAUAUUGAGGCACCGCGCGGCGGGCAGUGCCCGACCUGCCUCGCGCCCUCUCGCACGCGUCAGCCGAACAGCGACCCGCGAGCCCAUGACCGCCCUCCACAGAUGACGGAGCCCGCCCACGCGACACCACAUUGCCGAUCUCGUCCCCAACCCAGCGACCUCGAUCUCGGCGCGCUUAUCAUAGCGCGAUUACACGUCGCGACAAGCUACUACUUUGAUAUCCUACUGGAUUUAGUAUCUGCCCACAUCGUAGCGUAUAUAGAUCUCAUAGUCUCCGAAUUUCGAUUUCUGUUUCCUCAAAUGAAACACAUGGAACGAAUAGAAGAAAUAAGCAGAAAAGCUCAAAUGUAA